CACGGACCCUGAGAUCAUGACCUGAGCCGAAGUCGGACACUUAACCGACUGAGCCACCCAGGUGCCCCUGUGCUUUAUGUGCUUUAAAGGCAUACUAGUGAUCACUAGUGUAGCUAAGUCUUCCCAUCUAUCCCUUCUGCUAAAGAAAAAGUAAGUUGUGGUGGCUGGGGGACUUAAAGUGAUAUCCACGUCAAGGAAAUCUGGCAAAGCCCCCUGCGGAAAGCAUGAAGCCUGCAGCUCGUGACCGUGAAGGCCAGGCCUUUGCCCAUCCGUCCUGCAUCCCUAGCCGGCCUCUGUGAUGGGAAGAAAAGCAACUGAUGAUACUGUGGACAGAAUAUUCAUGAGUUCAACGCGGAGGUUUUGUCAGGGGUGGGGCACGAGCCCAGGUCCGCCCGCGGUGCCCAUUCCCUCCUUCACAUACGCUCCCCAGGCGUGCCGACUUCCAGAGAGGAAGGACGUUUCCUGGGAGACGGAGAGAUUUGGUGGCAGCUGAAGCCGCUGCAGGGAAUGAAUUUACCCAGGGAACUGGGAAAGGGCCAGCAGUUUCUGCUCCAGGAACAGCUAGCUCCCGGGAAGUCUUGACCUCUUUCCUAGCUUCGCGAGCUGGUGGAACGCUAGUCCCAGGUGGCCGAACAGCAGGCUACUCCGCUAGUGGGUCAUAGUGGGGAGUGAGCCGAGCUGGGCCAGCUGACAGCCCCCUCCCCGCCCCUUCCGCUUCCGUCGGGCUCCUCCCUCCUUCUGGUGGUGCUAGGGCUUCGCCGCCGGCGGCCGGAGGCCACGCGGCUCUUACGCCCUAUGGCCGCCGCGGGGUCCGCGAAGGUGGCGUUGCGGGUGGCGGAAGUGCUGGAGACCAUCGUGAGCUGCUGCGUGGGCCCCGAGGGGCGGCAAGUUCUGUGUACGAAGCCCACCGGCGAGGUGCUGAUCAGUCGGGAUGGAGGCUGCCUUCUGGAGGCGCUGCACUUAGAACAUCCCAUAGCCAGGAUGAUGGUAGCCUGUGUUUCCAGUCAUCUAAGAAAAACAGGAGAUGGUGCUAAAACAUUUAUUAUCUUUCUUUGUCACUUACUCAGAGGACUUCAUGCAGUAACAGACAAAGAACAGGAUUCUUUGAUUUCCAAAAAUAUUCAAACCCAUAGAAGGCAUUGGAAAAAUUGUUGUCAGUGGAAAUUUAUUUCUCAGGCUCUUCUGAAGUUUCAGACACAAGUAUUAGAUUAUAUUAUGGGCCACUACUUAAGCAAACACUUUUUGUCCAUCUUUUCUUCAUCCACUAAAGAGAGAACAUUGUGUAGAAGCUCUCUAGAGUUGCUCUUAGAAGCAUACUUUUGUGGAAGAGUGGGAAGAAAUAAUCAAAACUUUAUUUCACAAUUGAUGUGUGACUACUUUUUCAAGUGUAUGGCUUGUGAAAGUGGAUGUGAAGAAGUAUUUGAGUUAGUGGAUGACUAUUUUAUAGAGUUGAACGUUGGUGUCACUGGCCUUCCUGUCUCAGAUUCCAGGAUCAUAGCUGGGCUUGUGCUUCAUAGAGACUUUUCUGUCUACUGUCCAGCAGAUGGUGACAUAAGAAUAGUGAUAGUAACAGAGACUAUUCAGCCCCCUUUUUCAACUUCUGGAUCAGAGUUUAUUUUACAUUCAGAAACACAGUUUCGGACAUCUCAGUUUUGGAUUAUGGAAAGGACAAAAGCAAUCAUGAAACAUUUACAGAGUCAGAAUGUAAAAUUGCUGCUGUCUAGUGUGAAACAACCAGAUUUAGUUAUUUAUUAUGCAGGACUGAAUGGCAUAUCUGUCGUGGAGUGUUUAUCCUCUGAAGAAGUAUCUCUUAUCCAGAGGGUUGUUGGUCUUUCUCCCUUUGUAUUGCCGCAUACCUCUUCGCAGUAUGAAACCUGUAACACUGCUUUGAUGAAUUUUUGUAAGCCCCUUAUCCUUAGAUCCAAAAGGUAUGUUCAUCUUGGCUUGAUUGGCACAUGUUCGUUUAUACCACACUGUAUAGUUCUUUGUGCACCAGUGCAGGGUCUUGUGGAACAGCAUAAAAGUGCUUUACAUGGAGCAUUUAAAAUGCUUCGGCAGUUAUUUAAAGACCUUGAUCUAAAUUACAUGUUACAAGCCAGUGAUCAAAAUUAUGCAUCAAGUCCUCUUACCUACAAGAAUAGCAGAGAAAGUACGCCAUUGCCAGAAAUUGUUAAUGGCUCAAUGCAAAGCCCAUAUCAGGGCACAGUUGUAGAGAACAAAGGUAAGCUGGCAACAAUUCAAACAUAUUUAAAAGUAUAUUCAAAUUUUGUAGUUCCAAGUAUAGAAUUAGAAACACAUAUUCCACGUUCAAUACCAAAAAUGACACCAACAGAUACAUACCAGACAGAUGAAACAUUGAGAUAUUUGUCUCUAGCCAAAACCAGGAUAGUUGAUGACAGUGAACCAUUUAUGGAGAGUAAUUCUGCUAAUUCAACAACAGAAAACACUAGAAUAGAAAUUUCUUAUGAAAAUUUACAAGUCACAGAAAUUGCUGGAAGGGGAAGCAUGUUAGCAGUGAGAGAGAAGUCACUGGAGAUGUGUACAUCCCACGGUUACUGCUUCUCAUCUAUACCAGCAGGUUGUGUUUUGCCAGCGGGUGGUAAUUUUGAGUUUUUGUUACAUUACUAUCUUCUUAACUACGCCAAAAAAUGUCACCAAUCAGAAGAAACUAUGGUUAGCGUGAUAAUAGCUAAUGCUCUUUUAGGCAUUCCCAAAAUCCUGUAUAAGUCUAAGAAAGGAAACUAUAGCUUUCCACAAAUAUAUGUAAGAACUCUCCAUGCGAUACAAACCCAUCAACCCAUGGUAAGCAGUCAGACAGGUUUGGAAUCGGUAGCUAGUAAAUACCAAUUACUAACUUCCGUUCUUCAAUGUUUAACAAAAAUUUUAACCAUUGAUUUGGUAAUCAAUAUUAAGAGACAACCUCGGGAAGUUUAUGAUCAAGAUUCAGAAGAGGAAGUAUAAAAUUGGAAGUUUUUUUAUUAACCAAAAUUUUAACCCAACUCAAGCCAUAAAGUAAAAAAUGUGACCACUGAUUCUCAAAUCAAUUUGGUCUAGUUAGGAAAACAUCAAAACUUAAAAAAAAUCUUUAGAAGAACUACAGUAAGAGGCUAGCAGACAUUCAGACCAAAUAUUAGACAACAUUCUGGAACUGUUCUGAGGAGGAAGCCUUCCACAUGAUGGAAGCCAAGAUAUGACUGUGUGUCUUUCUUCCCCUUAAAUUUCCCUGUGUCUCAGCUCUGUGUUAGUCCGUGUGUAUGCGAGAGGGUGUUCCUUUAUAGUCCUUCUUACUUUUCUGUACAUUUUUUCACUCUCUUCAUCUGUCCUCCUUGCCUUUCUGUAUUUAUUUAGUUCAUAGGAUUAUUUAAUCUGAGCUUUGGAUAAGGUCUUCAAAUGUCAUCCUAUUCUAAUUGUUUAUAAUAUUAAACAUUAUUUGCUUCAUUUAAAAUAAUGUAUUUUCUCUAUUCCUAAUUUCUAAAAAGCAAUGAAUAAAAAGUCUUGAUUUCUUUUCUCAAGAAGCAUAUAAACUAAAUUAGUUUUUACUUUUAUAUAUCCCCUUAUUUAUUUCUGUUUUAUGUGGAAAAGCCUGGAUAUAUUUUUUUCACUGUCCAUACACCACUGAAUAUGUAACUAGAAAUAUGACUUUGUGCAUUGCAAACUUACUUUCAUUUCUGUAGUUCAAAGUUAAUUUCAGAAAGCUUAUGAAAUUCAUACUGUAUUUUCUCCUGUUCUCUAAGAGCUUGUAAAAAUAAUUCACGUAUUUGCUGGUUUUUCUUAUAUUUGGUGCAUAGCAAGAGUUCAUUUGUAAUAAAGAAUUUGAAAAUUA